GAUAUUUUCUACUCAUGAUCCAAUUGCUGAAUUAGAUCCUUGCUUCAGGCCUUUUCUCCACCCAUGAAGUUUCUUGAUAUUGAGCUUCCACUUCCAUCUAAUGGCAAGAACAGUUCCCACAAGCUCUUCUUCUUAGCCCUUACCCUGAUUCUCUUUACCUCAGUUCCUUUUCUCUGGAAUUGGGGACUACCAUUGCCAUUUCCCAAGAUCGACAUCAGUAGCCUGAUAAUAAGCAGAGAACCAGCCAAUAAAUGUGAUGUCUUUACUGGAAAAUGGGUGCCUCACCCACAAGGUCCAUAUUACACCGCCGACACUUGCCAUCUGAUUAUUGAUGAGUAUAAUUGCAUCAAGUUUGGGAGGGCCGAUGCUGAGUUCAUGAAAUGGAGGUGGAAGCCGGACGGAUGUGAGCUACCUUACUUUGAUGCAGUGCAAUUUUUGGAGCUUGUCAGGGGGAAAUCCAUGACCUUUGUUGGGGACUCUGUAGGAAGGAACCAAAUGCAUUCAUUGCUUUGCCUGUUAGCCAAAGUGGCCGCUCCAGAAGAUAUUUCUCAUAAAUAUUCAUCAGAUACAAGACAUUUCCAGCAUUGGUUCUACGCAGAUUACAACUUCAGCCUAACAACAUUGUGGUCACCAUACUUGGUUACAUCCAAAGAAGCAGACCCAAAUGGGUUUUCUGCCGACAGUCUCAUGAACCUCUACUUAGAUGAAGCUGAUAAGGGAUGGGCAGGAGAGAUUGAAAGCUACAAUUAUGUGAUUAUUUCAGUGGGGCAAUGGUUCUUCCGGCCAAUGUACUACUAUGAGAAGGGUCAGCUUGUUGGGUGUUUCAGGUGCCCUGAAAAAAACAUCUCAAAGCUUGGCAAGUACUAUGGAUACAGAAUGGCCUUCAGAACAGCCUUCAGGACCCUUCUGGACCUUAAAAGCUACAAAGGUGUUACAUUUUUAAGGACAUUUUCAGCUGCACACUUUGAGGGAGAUUGGAAUAAGGGAGGGGACUGUGUGAGGAUCAUGCCCUACACAAGGCAAGACAAGAAGCUGGAGGAGUUUAACAGGAAAUUCUACUCAGCACAGGUGGAGGAGCUACAAGCAGCAGAGGAAGAAGCAAGGAGAAGGGGUUUGACAUUUGGGCUGCUGAACACAACUGAUCUAAUGUGGCUGAGACCAGAUGGUCAUCCGAGCCAUUUUGGGAAGUCACAGAGAAAUGUGACAACCAACGAUUGUGUUCACUGGUGCCUGCCUGGCCCCAUUGAUUCAUGGAAUGAAUUCCUGCUGUAUCUGAUGAAGGGGUGAAAUGGGUGAGAAGUCGAUGAAAAUUGUCUGAGUUGAUUAAGGUUGCCAUGUGGUAUCUGUUUGGCCCCAUAAGUUUAUCAUAGUAUCAAGUCUCUAGCUACCAUUCAGCUCUUCCUAUCAACAGCAAACCUAGAUCUUCUCAGGAUAAGCAUGGAUAAACUUUCAAUUUCAUGUACGAAGCAAAGAUAAUUCUUCUAAAAAUACAAGAUAUGUUUGUGGGUGUGUCUUUUUUCUCAUAGAAAAUGAUAAAUUGGGCUACUUUAUCGUUGAGCUGCAAUUUUUGAGGAGAAAAGAGAAACAAAUUCAUGUCUACAACCAAAAUUCAAGCCAUAGAACCCAAAAAACCCAGAUAAGAAAAGUAAUGAUCACCAGUGGCAGAGUAAGGGUUGAGCCGGAGAUUGAGGGAGGCAAUGGAGGGGAGGAAGUGAGCGAGGGGAUGAGGUAGAAGCUAGGAGAUUUCAGCAGAGGCAACCUGAGGGGUAUACAUUGGAUCAAACAUGUAAGAAAGGGAAGGCCGCCUUCUGGUUCAGCUAUUUAGCAUAGUUAAUAGUUUGGCUGUUCAGGGGUGAAUAGGAUUGGAAU